AUUAAGAAUUAUUGAAGUGUGUGAGCGCCUAUUUAUAACGCACACAUCUCAAGUCUCAACACUUUCCGUUGGCCCUUUGCCUUCUCUUCUCUCUCAGAUCUGCUUCGCUGCUAAUUUUCUUCCUUCCGUAUUCAUCGGUUGGUUUUUUCCCCCUUUCGGGAAAGCAGUUGAAGAGUAUGGGUCGUGGAGUUAGCAGUGGCGGCGGGCAAAGUUCAUUAGGUUAUCUUUUUGGUAGCGGAGAGGGAGAGGCCCUGAAACCAGCACCAAAAAAUAGCCAACCUGAAGCACAGACCGUAAAUGAUGUGCCUCCUCCUAAGCCAGCACCUCCUAAAAUAACAAUAGACCCAAACAAGCCUGCUGGUAUCAAUAGCAAUUCUAUAGAUGGCCAGAAUACGGGCAACUUCAUCACGGACCGACCUUCGACCAAGGUCCAUGCUGCCCCUGGCGGGGGCUCCUCUCUGGGUUACCUCUUUGGUGGACCAGGUGAUGCAAAAUGAUAUAUUGCUUGCGAAGCUUUUGGCACGCUGAAUGAUUUUUUCCUUUUUGGGUGAAAACACGAUGGAAUGAAUGAAUAUAUAAUGUAAUAUAAGGUUGUGGUUGUGGGGAUAAGUCAAUCAAGAAUGCUAUAAUACAUGUGCUAAACAUCUAUUACAAACCUGUGCUUGUCAGAAACAAAUAUUUCUGUUUUUAAAUGUCGAUUUCUCUUGUAGUUUUGUA